AAGCACCCUCAGUUAUGGCUGACUUCACGGAAAUGUCUACGAUCAUACCGGCCGAAAUGACGCAAGUCACCGCCACGGACGUUCCUAGACUCCCACGUGACUGCGCUGAGAUUCAGACUGGUGGCCUAUCCCAUCUCAGUGGAGUGUAUCCCAUCUAUCCCGAUAGAGAGGGUGGUGAUUCUAUCUUCGUUUACUGUGAUAUGGAAACGGACGGUGGGCGCUGGACGGUAUUCCAGCGUAGACAAGAUGGAUCUGUUGACUUCUCUCUUUACUGGUCCGAGUACAAAGACGGUUUUGGAAACGUUUCCUCUGAGCACUGGCUCGGUAACGACAACAUCCACCGUCUUUCCCGUCAGAAAACCUACGAGCUACGGAUCGACCUCGAAGACUUCGGUGGAAAAACGCGCUAUGCCACCUACAGCAAUUUCAGUAUUGCAGACGAGGUCGCAAAGUACAUCCUGGCCCUUGGCAGCUACUCCGGAGACGCAGGUGACAGUAUGUCGUUUCAUGCAGGUUACCCGUUCAGUACACUGGACCGCAAUAAUGAUGGUGCAGGGGGAUACUGCGUCAGAUCUUACAAAGGAGGCUGGUGGUACAAUAAGUACCUUCGUGCUAACCUCAACGGCCAAUACCUGAAUGUUCUAACAGGGACGGGUGUGUUCUGGGUUGAAUGGCGCGGUUCUAAAUACUCCCUCAAGAAGACGGAGAUGAAGCUUCGCCCGACGUAAAUAACAAACGCCUGUCAUAAGAAGGUGCCGGUUUGCCGCGAGUUUCGUAGAACACACCUUAGAGCACCACACUUAAUGUUCUGUAUCUUAUCACACAUAGCUUCUCAGGCAUUUUUCCUUUGAUAAAGACACCAAUUACAACACCCUCAAAACAGUGUUACUCAUUUUACUAUCGGUUUAACGUGAAGGGAGUUAUGCCGCGUUGCUGUAACAAGUGUUCAAAAAUAAUCACUUAAAUACCCAAUAAACAAAAUCACGCGAAAAUCA